ACCAAGUAAUAUCUUUACUCAUAAAUACAAAGAUAAUUUCUAAGAAAUUAGUAAACAAUUUUUAAGAUGAUGAAAAUCAACACUCAUAUAUUAGUGUUUGGUAUUCUCAUUAGCUUCUUGGGGGCCUCACAAGGAAGCAAACUCACAAAUAAUUUCUACAAACAUAGUUGCGAAGAAGCGGAGACUAUUGUAAAGAAGGUCACCGAAAAACAUGUGGCUAGUAAUCCGGCUGUGCCCGCACGUUUGCUCAGAAUGCAUUUCCACGAUUGUUUUGUUAGAGGAUGUGAUGGAUCGGUACUUUUGAACUCAACAAAGAAAGAUGCCGAAAAGGAUGCAGUUCCAAAUCAAACUUUGUUGGGGUUCGAUGUAAUUGAUGAUAUCAAAGCACAAGUUGAGAAGAAAUGUCCAGGAGUCGUUUCAUGCGCUGAUAUUCUCGCUUUGGCAGCAAGGGACUCUGUAUCUUACUCGUUUAAGAAAUCGAUGUGGGAAGUGCCUACGGGUAGAAGAGAUGGGAAAGUGUCGAGAAAAAACGAAGCACAACAAAACAUUCCACCACCCUCCUUCAACUUCUCCCGACUCAAGCAAAACUUUGCCACCAAAGGCCUUUCUGUGCAUGACCUCGUCGUAUUAUCAGGAGCACACACAAUCGGUGUGGGACAUUGUAGUGCAUUCAACAAUAGGCUCUAUAACUUCACUGGAAAAGGAGACCAAGACCCUUCAUUAGACAAAAACUAUGCUAAACUUUUGAAAACCAAAUGCCCUCCAAAUGACAAAAACACAACUGUGCAAAUGGACCCAGGCAGUGCUCUCAAAUUCGACAGUAGUUACUACGGCGUUGUACUUAAGCAUAAGGGCCUUUUUACCUCAGACGCCGCACUUGUUACCAACAAGGUUGCUCGUAACAUCGUUCAAGAGUUGGUUCAUCAGAAUGAUUUCUUUCUUGAAUUUGCAUUGUCCAUGAAGAAGAUGGGAGCUAUUGAGGUCCUCACUGGCACUGCUGGUGAGAUUAGGAAGAAGUGUUGGGCUGUCAAUUCUUAAUUAGAACAUUAAUUUGUAUAUGUGACCAUGGAAUAUGUCUUAAGUGUUUCUCACAUUAAACUCACACCGAAUUUUUACAAACAUAGUUGUGAAGAAGCCGAAACUAUUGUAAAGAAGGCCACCGAAAAACAUGUGGCUAGUAAUCCGGCUGUGCCUGCACGCUUGCUCAGAAUGCAUUUUCACGAUUGUUUUGUUAGAGGAUGUGAUGGAUCGGUACUUUUGAACUCAACAAAGAAAGAUGCCGAAAAGGAUGCAGUUCCAAAUCAAACGUUGUUGGGGUUCGAUGUAAUUGAUGAUAUCAAAGCACAAGUUGAGAAAAAAUGUCCAGGAGUCGUUUCAUGCGCUGAUAUUCUCGCUUUGGCAGCAAGGGACUCUGUAUCCUACUCGUUUAAGAAAUCGAUGUGGGAAGUGCCUACUGGUAGAAGAGAUGGGAAAGUGUCGAGAAAGAACGAAGCACAACAAAACAUUCCACCACCCUCCUUCAACUUCUCCCGACUCAAGCAAAACUUUGCCACCAAAGGUCUUUCUGUGUAUGACCUCGUCGUAUUAUCAGGAGCACACACAAUCGGUGUGGGACAUUGUAGUGCAUUCAACAACAGGCUCUAUAACUUCACUGGAAAAGGAGACCAAGACCCUUCAUUAGACAAAAACUAUGCUAAGCUUUUGAAAACCAAAUGCCCUCCAAAUGACAAAAACACAACAGUGCAAAUGGACCCAGGCAGUGCUCUCAAAUUCGACAGUAGUUACUACGGCGUUGUACUUAAGCAUAAGGGCCUUUUCACCUCAGACGCCGCACUUGUUACCAACAAGGUUGCUCGUAACACCGUUCAAGAGUUGGUUCAUCAGAAUGAUUUCUUUCUUGAAUUUGCAUUGUCCAUGAAGAAGAUGGGAGCCAUUGAGGUCCUCACUGGCACUGCUGGUGAGAUCAGGAAGAAGUGUUGGGCUGUCAAUUCUUAGAAUGGUGAUAUGUAUAUGUUUGAACUUGAAAGUCUUAAGUUUAUCUUUGAUUUGUGAAAUGAUCUUUGAGUGUUUGUGUGUUGUUUUCAUUUCAUCUUUUGAAUAAAUUGUAGUAAGUAUUCAUGAUUUUAGUUGAUGUGGUGAUAAGAAUAAAAAGUCAAUAUUAAUAGAGAUUUUAUUUCCAAA